AUGCCUACCGGAUCCUGCCUUUGCCAAAACCUGAAAUAUGAGAUUACCGAAGUGCCAGAGGGAAUGGCGACCUGCCACUGCCUCUCAUGCCGCAAAAUCAGCGGCGGCACGAAUACGGUUAACUUCAUGAUGCCAGAGAAGGAUUUCAAAAUCACCGCCGGUGCACCUAAGCGCUUCACUCAUGCCCAUGAGAAUGGCAUGAACAUCACUGUUCAUUUCUGUGACAACUGUGGUGGUACUAUCUACAAGACGGGCGAUCGUGAGGGUUUUAGGGGAACUGCUGUUGUUCAAGUUGGGACUUUGGACGACCCCAAUGCAUUCGCCCUGGCCAAGCCGACAAUGGAGAUGUGGACAAAGUAUCGUGUGCCAUGGCUUUCGCAUAUCGAAGGGACUGCUCAGAUGAUGGAGUUCUGA